UUUAAUUAAAAGAAAUGAGAACAGUUGCAGUGCUUGGAGGCGGCAUUGCUGGAUUGUCCUCAGCCUUCUUUCUUUCACGAAUGUCAUUGCCGAGUGUGUCUAAGAUAGUUGUGAUUGAGGGCAGCAAUAGACUGGGAGGGUGGAUUCAGACGCAGCACCUCGAGGAUGGUACAGUACUGGAAGGGGGACCAAGAAGUUUCCGCAGUGGAGGAAAAGCAGAGGCAACCACAUUAGAACUAGUGGAUAUGCUGGGUCUGAAAGAUGAAAUUGUAACUGUGUCAAAGGAGAAAAUGAGGAGAAGGCUUUUUAUCAAUGGAAAACUAAAGGAAUUUCCACAAGAGUUUGAUAAAUGGAAUCUUACCAAGUCUGUCCUAAAGGGAAUUUUUAAAGACAGAUGGAUUUUAUCUCCGAUGGAGGAUGAGUCAGUCCAGUCUUUCCUGUCAAAAAGAUUUGGGAGUAACCCAGAGAUAAUGGCAUUUGCUGAUUCAAUGUUUCGAGGAAUAUUUGCAAGUAGUAUUGCUGAUAUUAGCUACAAGUUCUCGCUUUUUGGAAAAUCAGGAUGCAGUUCUUUAAUACAACUUCAACAUCAAAUGAAACAGACCAGGGAAGAGCUGAAGAAACAUGAUUGUGAGUUGGUACGACGAGCUGCUGAAGAAGCUUGGCAGAUAUGGAAUCUACGGAGGGGGACAGGACAGUUAGUGGAGGGCCUAGCUGAUGCAUUACUUAAAGACCCCAGGGUGGAGAUCAAGAUGGACACACCCUGUCAAUCCAUGGAACUGGACUCCACUUCAGCCACUUUACAGAGUAGGGAUAGUGAAAUAGUUAAGGCAGAUCAUGUGGUCAGUACAGUGCUUUCCAAAAACCUGGCUUCCAUGCUUCCUGCCAAACAUGAAGAACUGUGUGAUUUUCUCAGCAGGAUUCCUACAGUAUCAGUUGUCGUUGUUAACAUGGUGUAUGAGCGUGACUUAGAGGAAGUACCACAGGGAUUUGGACACCUACUUCCAACAUCAGAAGACCCUCCAAUACUGGGGGUAGUGUAUGACUCCAGGGUCUUUCCAGACCUAGGUCCCAUAAACACAACCCGACUGACUGUGAUGAUGGGUGGUGCAUGGAUGAAAGAGCUGGAAGAUCGAGUGGGAAGCUUAAAUGAUGAGUCUUUAAUAAAGCUAGCUAAGGAGGUUUUGCAUCAACAAUUAAACAUAGAUGCAUCACCAGUUUAUACCAAAGUUUACUAUCAAAUGGACUGCAUACCACAGCAUAGAGUUGGACACAACCAGAUACUUCAGUGUAUUUACUCCUAUAUUGGUGAGCAUAAGCUACCACUAACACUUGCAGGCUGCUCCUACAGAGAAAUUGGUGUUACAGGAAUUAUACAGGACAGCUUUCACCAGGCACUCUCUGUACAGCAGAAUAUGGAAGGGGAAAACUUAUGAAUUCUGUAGACCAAUAAAUAUAUUAUAUGCCAUUGUAAAAUUCUGAGAAAGCUUUCAGAUUUUGUUGAUUAUGUUCUUGGCAUUAUCAUUAUUUUUAGUUU